GCGUGGCCGGAAGGGGCGGGCACGGCAAGGCUGGCAAGAUGGUGGCCACCAGGCGCAUGGCGGCCCAGCGCCGGGAGCGAGAGACCGGGGGCGGGAAAGGGAGCGGUAGCCCCUGCGGGACCGCUCCCGCCGACGCUUCGGAGAUGGCAUCCGAUGAAUUGAAUACUUCUGUAUCUGUAAGGAUGACUACAAGAAGAACAGCUAAAUCAAUUUGUAAGCCAGAGGUAGUUCAGGAAUCUCAGUUUGAAGAACUGGAACGUGCAGAAACAAGGUCAAAUGUCAGUGAUAGCUUAGAGGUGGAAAUGACUGGAAAUGACAACACAGCCCUUCGUUCCACACAGCCAGUUCCUGAAUCACAAGCUGAUGGGGAUGUGUCAGAAACAGAAUCCAACUGCUCUGCCGUGUCUGGUCUUCAGACACCACUGUAUGUAAGAGUAACAAGAAGAAGACAGAUUGUAAUUCCUUAUCAACCAGAUUAUUCUGGCAAAAAAACCCGUGACAGAACAGCUUUUCUAAAUAAGUUAAAAAGAAUUCCAGAUGAAGAUGAUGUCUCUGAAGCUGAGUCUUGUUCCUCUGCCGUUUCUGGUGUCCAAAUGCCUAAUGCUACCAGAAGUACAAGAAGUAGGCAAAGCAAAAAGAAACUUCAGCCAUAUACAGUUCAUGAAGACCAGAGUGAAGACAUUUCUGAUGCAGAGUCAUACUUAAGUACUCAUUUGGAACCAUGUGUCAUUACCAAGCGAAUUACGAGGAGCAUGCAAAUGAAAUCACAAGCAGAAAAUAGUAAGACUGAAAAAGAAAGCAGAGUUGUUUCAGAAGAUGAAGAUUUAAUUAAGGACACCAUUAAAUCUGAGCUAGUAAUAAUUUCGGAUUCUAGACCUGCUGCUGAACUUGUUCCUGACACAGAAGGUGCCUCUGGCACUGAGGAUGAUAAUAAAGAAUCCAGUUCACUUAAAAGCAAAUGUUUUUCAGAAUCUGCUGAUGCAAGCCAGAGCGAGGAAGUGAAAAAGGAGGUUUUGAAUGAUGUGACACCCAGCAGUCUUAGAAAAAUGAGAGGAAAUAACACUGAAUCACCUGGGAAAAAAUCAAUUAAAAAAAGACAUUCUGCUGGGGGACAUGAUUCAGGGGAAGCAUGCAGCCAAAUACAAGGAGAACACUGUAGGGUACUUGUGAGUGAGGGGGAAUCUGAGCAUAUGGAUCUUUCUUUGGCUGAUUGCUUGAGUCCCAAGGAAUUUUUAGAAUCUGAGGGGCAAGUAAAACUAAGCAAAAGUAAAAAAAUUCCAGAAUGCAAGAAAGCAGAUGUUGAGGCUGAUGCACAGCAAUCUUUCACCCAUGCUGAUAAAUUACGAAAGGGUAAGCGGAGCAGUGCAGUCAUCAGUCCCCAAAAGGACAUAGUUGUUGCACAGAGAGCUGAUAGCCUUGGUAGAUGCAGCACGCUUCAGAUUGAUGUGGUCAGUGAUGAAGAACAAACAGGAGAGCAAGUGGAAUCUUUGUCCCAAAGCAGGGAAAUAUCAAGCCACAGAGAUGAUUCUCUUGCCUUGUUUCUGAGCGAAGAUAAGACUGAUGAAUCUGAAAGUAAUGGUGAGGCAGACAUAGGUAUAGUUGAAGAGAGUCCAUGUUAUAAAGAGGCAAAUAACAGGACUCCUUCCCACAAAAAAUCUCCAAAACCAAGUUCACUGCAUCCUGAAGAGCUUUUUGUAAUUGAUACUGAGCCUGGCAUGAGUUCCAGCCGUAAGUACUAUCUGGACCAAGAUAGCGAUGCUGAAAGUAAGCAACCUGAAGAAUGUGAGGAACAUGAAGAGUCUUCAGAUUUGGAAGAGGCUGACGAGGAAUUGGUAGACGAAGAUGAGAAAGAUGAAGACGACAGUUUGUUGGAAACUAAGCUUGAUGUUUUACAUCUUUCCAGCAAGAUAGACCCUGGUUUGAAUAUGAAGAAGCUUGGAGGUUUAUAUAUUAGUUUUGAUGCAAAAACCCAGAAGCCUAAAUCCAGUGUAAUUAAACAACUGAAGGAGAAAAAGAAGGACCCGCUCUUGCAGAAGAGUAUAAUAACUCCAGAUUUUGAAAGAAAGGAGUGUGUCCCACCCUUCAGGGAAUCCCUUCGCCAGCUGAAGAAACAGCGAAGAGCGGAGCGAGAGAAAACAACAGGUGAUGGUUGGUUUGGUAUGAAAGCCCCAGAAAUCACAAAUGAACUGAAAAAUGACCUUAAAGUUUUGAAGAUGAGAGCUUCAUUGGACCCUAAGCAUUUUUACAAGAAGAAUGAUAGAGAUGGUCUGCCCAAGUACUUCCAGGUUGGAACUGUGGUCGAUUCUCCCAUAGACUUCUACCACAGUCGAAUCCCUAAGAAACAAAGGAAGAGAACAAUUGUUGAAGAGCUGCUCGCAGAUUCUGAAUUUAGAAGAUAUAAUAAAAAGAAGUAUCAGGAGAUCAUGAGUGAAAAAGCAGCUUUUGCAGCAGGGAAGAGAAAGCGGAAGAUGAAGAAAUUUCGCAAUUAAGACUUGAAGAAAAGCAACAAGCUGGAGCAACUUACUUGUUAUAAAGCUUUUUCACAAAA